AUGUAAACUACACAGCUGCUGUGUAUAUCGAUAUAUCAAUAUAUAUUAAACAUCAUCCCCACCAGCAGCUGCUUGUCUCUUGUUGUGUAACUGAAACGGCAAUUUUUGAGCACCGAAGAUGUCUGCAACCGCCGCCCGUGGCACAACGUCGCUGCUGAAGCGCGCCUGGAACGAGAUACCCGACAUUGUCGCCGGCUCUGCCAUGGCCAUUUGUGGCAUCGUGAUGGCAGGAAUCGGAGUGGCCAACUAUUAUGCCAAGGACGGCGACAAUCGCCGCUACAAACUGGGCUAUGUCGUCUUCCGUCACGACGAUCCCCGUGCCCAGAAGGUGCGCAACGAUGAGGAUGAUUAAAGAAAGCCAACAACAACAAACUAGCAAAAAAUGUCAUUCUCAUUGCACCACUUUUUUUUUUUGCUUCAUGCUAUAGCUAAGUAAAACAAAAACAUAAACGUA